AUGAAAAGACCAGGUGUCUUUCUGCUCCUCUCUCUGGCUCUUUUCUGCUUUUUCUCAGGUAUCUUUGGUCAAGGAGAACAAGACCAAGGAGGCUGGGUCACAAGAUCAGAGGGCCGAUUGCCAGGGAGAGGUGGCUUAAAGAAUCGUCUCUUUCAAAUUAACUGUGGUGAAUUCCGUGACCCCAAGGUCUUCUGCACUCGGGAAUCUAACCCACUCUGUGGCUCAGAUGGCCAGACGUAUGGGAAUAAAUGUUCCUUCUGUAAGGCAAUGGUGAAAAGUGAUGGGAAAAUUAACCUGAAGCACCAUGGAAAAUGCUGA